CAGUACAUUCUCCCCACUUCUCUCGCUGUCGCCCCUGUCGACCUGUGUGUCCGUAUCCACCAUUCUUUUAUUGCGUGGUUGUGUGGCUUGAAUUGAUUUUAUCGCUCCGUUAAUAUCUUGGGUUAUCCAAGACAGAUUUUCGUGUGCCCACAAGUAAAGAGCAAUCACUUUCAAUCAUGCAGGGCAUGAGCUUUUCAAGUCUUAAGAGGCAUCCAGCGCUGAUUCCAUUGUAUGUUUGCGUUGGAACGGGUUGUAUUGGCGCAGUUUUUUACACCUUGAGAUUGGCCACUCGUAAUCCUGACGUGUCUUGGAACAAAAGUUCGAAUCCUGAACCAUGGAAUGAAUAUUCCAACAAACAGUAUAAGUUUUACUCGCCCGUGAGGGACUACUCAAAAAUAGAGAGUCCUGCCCCCAAGUAUUGAAGUUUCAAUGUUAGGGAUAUAAAUUAGGAACAUGAAACGGUGACAAUAUAGAAAGAAUCUCUGUAUCAAAUACUAAGUCAAAGAUGUUGCUCGUAGAUUUUUUCGUUGUAUGAUUUACAAAUGUACUUGUAUUCGAAUCUGUACCUGGUAAUAAAUAAACCAUAUGAUUUGAAUGCCUUCACAUAAUACACAUAUGUUAAUUAAUGUACUUAAAACCUUAACCUUUAGAGAAAAUGUGUGCUCUCCCUGGAUCCACCACUGUUGGAAGGUGUUUGCCAUUUGGAUUUUGAAAAA